CUAAACAACAAAUCAUCUUUUUUCAAAAAAAUUCCUUAAAACUUUUCUUCAUGGCUGCUCAAAACCAUGUUCAACUCACUGUCAUUAAAGAAAAUGAUAACCAGAACCGAAACCAAGUACCUGAAGAAGACUCUGACUACUCCCAAAGGGCACAAUGGCUUCGAGCUGCUACAUUAGGAGCCACUGAUGGAUUAGUUACAACUGCAUCUUUGAUGAUGGGUGUUGGAGCUGUCAAGAAAGACGUUGACGCCAUGAUACUAGUCGGCUUUGCAGCAUUGUUUGCUGGUGCUUGUAGCAUGGCCAUAGGAGAGUUUGUUUCUGUGUACUCUCAACUAGAUAUAGAGUUAGCCCAAAUUAAGAGAGACACCAAAACAAUAGGACAGAAUCAAGAACAUCAAGAAGAAGAAGACAAGGAGGGACUCCCAAAUCCAUUUCUAGCAGCUGUAGCUUCAGCUGUUGCAUUUUCAUUGGGAGGCAUAAUACCAAUUCUUGCUGCUGGAUUUAUAUCUAACCAUAAGGUGAGGAUGGGUGUCGUGGUGGUGGCAGUCAGCUUGGCAUUGUUUAUAUUUGGAGGGGUUGGUGCUGUUCUUGGGAAAAGUCCUGCAGUGAGGUCUUGUGCCAGAGUUUUAAUUGGUGGAUGGAUGGCUAUGGCCAUUACCUUCGGACUUACCAAACUGAUCGGCUCUGCUGGAAUGGAGAUGUGACUGGAACGUUAUGUUCCUGUGUCUCUAUUCCCAGUCCAGAAUCAUCUUUUUUUAACACAUGUCUGUUGUGUUCCUUACUUAAUUUCCAGGAUAAGAUUAGAAUAAAUGGAAGUUAUCUCUUUCUGUAAUGGUUCUGUUGUGAAUGAAUGAUAGUGACGCGUUUUCU